AUGCCGUUCGACGACGACGACAACCCGCUGCAGGCCGCGGGGGCGCCCGCCGCCCAGCCCACCGCAGGGGGUGCCGCGCGUAACGCCGAGGACGAAGAUGGCAUGGAGGACGACGGACUGCCCGACUACAAGCUCUUCGCAGCCAUGUUCGAGAAGAGGGGCGUGUCCAGCAAGACGAUCCGCAAGGGCGAGAAGGACUUUGAGUCGCACGGCACACGUGCCCAGGAUGGCGCCCUCGAGGCCAGUCGACGCGCCAUGGAGGAGGUGCUCGGCUACACGCGCACGCACCGUUCAGAUGCGUGGAUACGGGCAUGGUACUUUCCUGACUGGUGGACCGUUGAUGCCACUGUCUCGACACCAUCGCCGCCGCCUGCGAGGAACGAAGUCGCCGGCCGGGAGCAGAGCCAGACGCAGCCCGACGCCUGGUUGUUGGACCGCGUCGUCGUCAUGGAGCACGAGAAGGGCAGCUGGAUGAAGGAUAUUGGCCGCACCGUCCCCGGAAGCAAAGACCAGCCUGGUGUCGGGCGUCUGUGGCUGCUUCCUGAAGAGGCGCUCUAUCUCGUCGAGCGCGGCACCGUGGACCUGUGGUGGCCGGAAAUGUCGCUACCGGAGCUGCUUCCCGCGGGUGAGAUGCCAUCACCGGGCUAUGGACAUGAUAACUACGACGUCGGGCUGCCGCUGAGCGUGGAGGCGGCAUACUCGCUGCUUAUCGGCUACGAGGGCGACAGGGGGAAGACGACGCUGGCGAAAUACCAGGUGUACACACAUCUCAAGCGCGCGGGCUUUCACAUUCUACGGGCGCCACCGGAUGGGGCAUCCACGGCUGAGGACGCGAAAGAAGUGCAGGACUCUCCGCCGCGGCAGAGUCUUUGGCAGUGGCUCUUCUCGUUUGUGCCGAGCUUCGAGCGAAGACCCAAGCGGGAUCCCAUGGGCCCGCUCGUCUCCCCAGGCUUGUAUCGCUCCUACGGUCCCAUCUACCAGCGCCUCGCGCUCCUCCCACGGCACAAGCCCACACCGCGACGACCGGCAUCAGACCACAGCGAGCCGAAGGAACCGUUCCGGGUACACUACCACGUGUGGAAGCCCGGCGGCGCGCCCUUCUCCAAGAAGAACCCGCCGCCGCCCGACUUCCGCAUCGCCGUCGCCGACACGGCCGAGUCCGGGGUGCCGACGCUUGAGGAGAUUGACGCGCUGCUGGGGUCCACGCCGUGGAGCCCGCCGCCGGAGGCGAUGCGCACGCCGGGCCGGCUGUACCAGCGGCUCAAGCACGGGUACCGCAACGUGCUGGUGGCAGUGGUGGACUGCGGACUGGUCAACUUCAUGAGGUUCGGCGAGGCGGCGUUUGGGGAGGAGAGGCUGUUUGAGCGGUUCGACGGCGCGGGCGGCAGGGGCGGCAAGAAGAGCGGACGGGGUGGAGGCGGCGGCAGAGGCCGAGGACGGGGGAGGGGAAGGGGGAGGGGGAGAGGCGGCCGUGGUGGCGGCUGA